UAUUCCAUGCCAAAACACCAACCACCACACACAUCAAGAGCUUCAUCAAACAUUGCUAAGUGCUUCAACUUCAAAAUCAUACUCUGUGUGUGUGUUUGUGUGUUUUGUGAGUGUUAAGUGAGUUACUCUUGCAAAUCAGAAGCAGAAAGAAGAAGAAAGAGAAGAAGGAAAGAAGAGAGAAGGGACACAACAUACAUGGGGGCUAAGAAAUCAUCAUCGUUCUCCUUUUGUGGUAUGUUCAAGGCAUGUUUCUCAAACAGCAAGGAUGAUUACUACUAUAGCUACGAUGAUAACAGCAGAAGGCACUUUGCAAGUGAUGAGGAUAGAGGGCGUUGGGUUGCUGAGCCUGGUAUUGACAGGAAAGCAUCUGCUUUCAUUGCUAGAUUCUAUGCCUCACGAGUCAGUGACUCUGAGCACCAAAUUGCGUCUUGAAACUCAAAUAACAAACCCUUUCUUUGCUGCUCUUCAUUCAUCAAACUAGUUCUUCCUUUAAUAACUCACACCAGUUACACUUGGUUCCUACCUCUCUCAUGUAAUUCUCACGCACUUUCAUUUCCUUCUGCUGGUUCUCACUCGAGGUGUGGAUCCAAACUUACUAUAGAUAGCAGCUAAAAUAAUGUGUGUGGUCACUAAUAAUGUAAAAACUCAUUAUACUUUUGUUUUCCCUUCUCUC